GAAAACUUAGUAAUGUCCAUCCAUAUCAAAAAUGAAUCCCUGGCAUCAGAGCUUCGCAAAAUCCCAUUGUGUGCUUGGACAAUUCCCCAUGAAAGCAGUACCACGAGGUCAAAAGUGGAUAUUUACAUUGUACAGCACAAUAUGCCUCGCGCGGUCUAGGCUGCUACGAACGGCGUAUCCCGGCUUCUCAAGUUGCACGGAACUUUUUGACUCGACUAGGUGGAUGGAUGUGCGUGGUCCAAUACAACAGCAUAUAACAGGCGAGAUUCCGCAUCCUGAGGUAAUGGAGUUCUCCCUGGCUAUCAGUAGAUCGUAAACAAAACCCUCUGGUUUCAGCAUUUCUCUAUCAAACAAGAAGAUCACUUAUGGUGUAUCAAUCGCUCCAAAACCAUCGCACGUCAUACAUACUAUCUGUUUAGGAAUCCACCCACAGCCUCCCCACCCAUUCCAGAAUGAACAUAUUCAACGGUGCUGGUUCUUUGCCAAUUCACACUUUCCCAUCUCAAAUCUCCAUUGUGGACAUCUUCCUCCCCGGAUUUACCGCCAUCUCCGCAUCCAUACGACAGGUCCUAGCUGGGAACCUGAACAGCGCCCACCUGCUGUGCCUCUGCGGGGCGCUCCUGCUCUUGGCUAGAUAUGUGUACCGUUACCUGACGGACAUUGUGGAGAUCCAUUUCACACAUGAUAUGCUUAAAACCUGGGUAUCGGACCAGCCAUUCGCGCGCAAGGCUCGCUCCUCUAUUGUCAGCGUUGGAUAUGCCGAUGACCAUUCAAAUGCGCAUGCCAAAAAUCCUUUACGUUUUUCACCUUAUAAUGGUUCGUUUUUCUUUUGGUACGGGAACCAUCUGCUCCGGCUCCGGUGUGAACAGAAAGACAGCAGCUCCGGCGAGCGAGAAGAGGUGUCCGUCUCCUGCUUCGGCCGAUCUCCAGAAAUUUUGGGAGAGUUCUUCAGUGAUUGUCGAACCGAGUAUCUAAAGGCCAUUCAGAAAAAGACUUCCGUGUUUGAGCAUCGAGAUGGUGAAUGGAAGAAGGCAAACACAAGAGACAUUAGACCAAUUUCGACGGCGUGGACAGCAAUGUCUAUCUCACCACAUGUGCAGGUGAGAACUUUAGACAUUAUGCCAACUGGCGAUUGAGCCAGUUCAACGUCACAAAGCAGAGCACUAUCUGGGUGGAGUGGAAAUUCCUCCGAUUGCUCUACAAGAGAGUCGCUGGAAAGAAAAUGGAUGAGAUUGUUGGGGAGCAGGUCAGUGAGUUUAUCCUGGGACCGUUGACGGAUGAAUACAGCCUAGAUCUCUCGGUCGAAUGCAAGCCCACCCUCAGCGUUGAGGAUCUGCUGUCCGUCCUCCACUAGCACUGGUGCUUGGACACGUCGGCGGUCCCACACGAGCGGUAUACAGUGCAGCUGCCGCUGCUGAUGCUGAUGGCCGCCUACACGUCUUCUCGUCCAGGAGCGCUCAUCGAGAGCGGCUGCGUUCGGGGCUCCAACAACGCUCUGCGGUACCGGGACGUGGUGCUCCGUGUCAUCCCCAAUCCGGAGGAACCAGGGCGUCACGUUCUGGUCAUGGAGGUGACUCUGAUGUUUAUGAAGGGGAAAAGAAACAAGUCCCAGCCGACAACAUAACCGCAAAAAGCGUUGGAAAUAGUUCGGCAAACCUGGCAGUGGCCACUGGGGGACUUGCUGGAUGGCCAUGAAUAUCUUCUUAUUCUGCCAGGCAAACGCCGUCGGUCGACAUCUCGUUCAUCAGUCAAACCCGAGAGCGAAGACGUACCAGGUCGUUAGCCGGUCCUGUUUACUGCGACUGGCGCGGUGGCUGUUGGGUAGACUAGACAUCGCUGGAGUCGGCUGUGCAACGCUGCUGUGGAAUCUCCCAACCGCCAUAUCUCAGAAUAUACCUGAUCACACACAUCAUGAAAGAGAUAGGUCCCGAUCCCCGGGAUUAAAAACUGACGCUGUUUCCGCUCAAUCACUUGCACCGCGUUUUGAAGGCAUUGCUUGCUCUUGUCAAUAUCACCAAGUUUGUACCAUGUAAUGCAAAGAAAUAGGUAGACCACACCGCAGGUGAAAACUUCUUCCUCUAAAGGAUUGUAGAAUUUAUUCCAGAGUAGAACAUCUUUCCACCUCUUCAAUGCAUCCUCGGGCGAUGGAGC